GCUUCCCGUGGGAUUCCCCCGGGAGGACGCCCUCCACCUCCCGCAGUGGCUGUGCGCCUGCCCCGUUCAUGACGUCACGGACCGCGCUGCGUCAGCGAGCGCGUCGCGGAACUGCACGGAAUUGAGUCUGAGCUCCUCGUCCGCGGAGGGUUCCGCAGUCUCGGGUGCUGUGCUGGGGCCGGGACAUGGCGGCUGGGUACCAGUAUAGGCCCAACGGCGGCGGGGCCGGGAUGGCCGAUCCGAGCUUCCUGUGGAGCGUUUUCCAGAGGGUUGAUAAAGAUAGGAGUGGAAUAAUAUCUGAUAAUGAACUUCAACAGGCAUUAUCUAAUGGCACAUGGACUGCUUUUAAUCCAGCAACAGUCCGGUCAAUUCUUGGCAUGUUCGACAGAGAAAACAAAGGUGGUGUGAACUUCAGUGAAUUCACAGGAGUCUGGAAGUAUAUCUCAGACUGGCAGAAUGUCUUUCGAACGUAUGAUAGGGACAAUUCUGGAAUGAUUGACAAAAAUGAGCUAAAGCAAGCACUAACAGGUUUUGGUUAUCGACUCUCUGACCAAUUCUAUGACAUCCUUAUUCGGAAAUUUGACAGACAAGGAAGAGGGCAAGUUGCUUUUGAUGACUUUAUUCAGUGCUGUGUUGUCUUACAGGUAAGAAAAGGCUGACUGAUGUAUUCAGACGUUAUGAUACUGAUCAAGAUGGCUGGAUUCAAGUGUCUUAUGAGCAGUAUCUUUCCAUGGUCUUCAGCAUUGUAUGACAGUGACAGCUAGGAAUUGCACACUGACAUUAUACAGACUGGAGUUGCCAAAUCAUUAUGUACUGAAAAAGAUGACUGAUAUAUCAAAAUGGAUACAACUUCUCAUUCUUAAAUUUUGUAUGUUGGUCACCACCUUUACAAUGUUUGUACUGUCUGUCUGUUGGCUUUUACUUUGUAUUGCUGUACCACCUGACCAUAUCAUGCUUACUCACAGUACAGAAAGCACAGAAUCUAGACUUAACUAGUGUAAUGUCACCUUUCUUCCAUAUAUCUUGCAUGGGGAAAAUGACUUUUUAGAAAUGCCAAAUUAAAAUAGUGCUUGUUAGUUUGUAAAGAAAUUUGAAAGUCAGACUUGCACAAUGUUUUUGCAUGUGCCUUACUUUUAUAAGAGAAUUUAAUGUAUUCACUUUUAAUACAGAGUUUAAAAUUAAGUAAAAAUAUUUGACCAAC